AUGGCAGAGGCAGAAGGGGUGAAGAGCGAGAGGCAAGUGGUGGUGGACGCACCCCCCAGUGCCAGCUCCAGCAUGUCCCUCCAGAGGUGCCGGAUGGCCUUCAGGGGGACUCAACCUUCGUCUCCCUGGGAGAGCUCUCCAGGCUCCAGGGCCAAUCCCUGGGGCAGACUGGCCCGGUCACCCGUGGCCUAUGUAGGGACAAUGCCUAUUGGGCUCACAGGCAGCCAGGGUGCCCGAGUGACCUGCCGGGCCCUGGGCAUCAGCAGUAUCUUCCUGCAGGGCCUGCGGAGCUCAGGCUGGGCCACUGCACCUGUCCCAGACCUGGAGGGGUCCCACGGUGCUGCCAAGGACCUGGGCGCCUGCCUGGUGGAAUACAUAGCCAAGGUGCACACCCUGGAGCGGGUCAAUCGGGAUCUGGAAACGCAACUGCGGGAGCUCCUGGGAAGCAAAGCCAAGGCUUCGGGAGGCUGGGGCCCCCUCAAGGCCACUUGGGCCAGCAGCUGCCAGCAGGUGGGCGAGGCUGUCUUGGAAAAUGCCCGGCUCGUGCUGCAGAAGGAGAAUACCCUGGCGGGUGCAGAUGAGCUUAAAAAGAGAUAUGAAAGUGAGCAGCUAUUUCGAAAGGCAGCGGAAGAGGAAAUUAAGUCUCUGUAUAAAGUGAUUGAUGAGGCUCAUUUAACCAAAUUGGAUCUGGAGAGUCAAAUAGAAGGUCUGAAGGAAGAACUUGACUCCCUGACAAGAAACUACGAAGAGGAUGUGAAGGUGCUGUACAAAGAGUUGUCAGGAUCUGAGCAGGAUCGAGUAGACAUGCCCGUUGGCACGGGCCUGGAUGACAUCCUGGAGACCGUCAGAAUUUUCUGGGAGAGAGAUGUUGAAAAGAAGCGGAUGGAAGCAGAACCCUUACUCCAAGCCAAGCAACAUGUGGAGGGGACUCACAUGGCCCAGAGCCAAGAAGCGAAGCUGGCCACUGCCCUCAGAGUGGAGUUACACGACACUACCAGCCAAGUGCAGAGUCUCCGGGCCGAGACGGAAUCCUUGCAAGCCCUGAAACGAGGCCUGGAGAAUACCCUGCGCGACGCCGAACGCUGGCACGACAUGGAGAUGCAGAACCUGGGCGCCGUGGUGGGCAGGCUGGAGGCGGAGCUCGGGGAGGUCCGUGCGGAGGCGGAGCUGCGCGGGGAGGAGCAGGAGAGGCUGCGGGCGCUCAAUUGCCAGCUGCAGAAGGAGGUCGCAGCCUGCCAUGCCCUGCUGGACAGGGAGGCGGACCGCUACUGAUGGAGAAACAGGAUCUUUUCAUGACAAUGCUGCCUUCCCACCAAGUGGCCACUGCAGCUGCUUGGGGAGCCACACCUUCAUUUCAGUCCUUGCGGAUUCCUCUGGGGACUCAACUUCAGCUAAGAAACCAUCACAAUCUUUCCAGAAGUGAAUAGAGUGUUUCUGACUUAAUUUAAGGAGCCUGCUGUGUGAGCCACCUCCCAAGUCUUUCCAAAUAAAUGCUUUGAGCGCA